GCCAGCUUGUACCCACGCUGCAACGAACCGCGUAAAUGUCUCCUAACCAGUUGUACAUCGAAGACCGAAGCAUUACCCUUCAUACUGAUUUCUAGUCGUACAAUACACUGAAGCACGCAAGUCUUAAUAGAAAAAAUAGUCUCCGCCACAGAGAACAAUUACCGACUUGGCAUUUUCUCCUGAAUCUCGUAAUCCUCACCAGCACUCUCACUGAAUCACACCCACUCUCUCUCUCCGCGGCAAUGGCUCCGAAUUUGGGUCGGACCCACAAGAAUGCGGCGUCGGUUCGGGUACCAGGACUUUCAUUCCGGGGAAUCAUGUCCAGAUUCAGAUACUCCGCCGGCCUUUUGGCGAUCGCUGUUGCGCUUUUACUCUGUGUCUCAUUUUUCUUCGCCGCCUCAUCCAAUCACGCCGAUCCCAAAUUUGGAUUCUCCUUGGGUUCUUCUGAAUCCCAGCCAUCAUCUCUUCGUAGAUCAAUUUUAGCAUUGAAAUCAGAUCCUUUGAAGCCACGGUUGGAUCAGAUCCGGAAACAAGCAGAAGACCACAGAAAUCUAGCUUUGGCUUACGCUGCCUAUGCUCGGAAGCUGAAGCUUGAAAACUCAAAGCUCGUGAGGAUUUUUGCAGAACUCUCUCAGAAUUUCACUGACCUAAUCUCGAGACCUUCGCACCGUGCAUUGUUUGAUUUAGAUGCAAACUCAAUCGAUGAGUCUGUGCUGAGACGUUUCGAGAAGGAGGUGAAAGAACGAAUUAAGCUAACCCGACAAGUGAUUGCUGAGGCCAAAGAAUCCUUCGACAACCAACUGAAAAUUCACAAGCUGAAGGACACCAUCUUUGCUCUGAACGAACAACUCACGAAAGCCAAAAAGCAGGGCGCUUUUUCUAGCUUGAUUGCAGCCAAGUCAAUUCCCAAGAGCCUGCAUUGCCUGGCUUUGAGGUUGAUGGAGGAAAGAAUUGCUCAUCCCGAAAAGUACUCAGAUGAAGGGAACCCGACUAAACCCGAGAUUGAGGAUCCAAAGCUUUAUCAUUAUGCAAUAUUUUCUGAUAAUGUGAUAGCAGCCUCGGUUGUGGUGAACUCGGCUGUUAAAAACACAAAGGAGCCUUGGAAGCACGUGUUUCAUGUUGUGACGGAUAAGAUGAAUCUAGGGGCCAUGCAGGUAAUGUUUAAGAUAAGGGACUACAGUGGGGCCCAUAUUGAGGUGAAGGCUGUGGAGGAUUAUAAGUUUCUCAAUUCCUCAUAUGUUCCGGUGCUGAAACAGCUUGAGUCCGCUAAGCUGCAGCAGUUUUACUUUGAGAAUAAGCUAGAAAAUGCCACAAAGGAUACAACAAAUAUGAAGUUCAGGAACCCAAAGUAUCUCUCGAUUUUGAACCAUCUCAGGUUCUAUUUGCCGGAAAUGUAUCCUAAGCUGCACAAGAUUCUGUUUUUGGAUGAUGAUAUUGUUGUUCAGAGAGACUUGACGGGGCUGUGGAAGAUAGAUAUGGAUGGGAAGGUGAAUGGUGCUGUCGAGACGUGUUUUGGGUCUUUUCACCGAUAUGCACAAUAUAUGAAUUUCUCACACCCUCUCAUCAAAGCCAAGUUUAGUCCCAAGGCUUGUGCAUGGGCUUAUGGUAUGAAUUUCUUUGAUUUGGAUGCUUGGAGGAGGGAGAAGUGCACUGAGGAGUAUCACUACUGGCAGAAUCUGAACGAGAAUCGGACACUGUGGAAAUUGGGGACCCUGCCGCCAGGUCUGAUCACCUACUACUCCACGACCAAGCCACUAGACAAGUCUUGGCAUGUUUUGGGGCUCGGUUAUAACCCGAGCAUAAGCAUGGAUGAGAUCAACAAUGCUGCUGUCAUACACUUCAAUGGGAAUAUGAAGCCAUGGCUCGAUAUUGCUAUCUCCCAAUUCCGCCCCCUCUGGACUAAAUAUGUCGACUAUGAAAAUGAGUAUGUGCAGACCUGCAAUUUUGGUCUAUGAACUUAAUAAAGCUCAGAAUCGGAACCUGUGCUUGUGGGACUAGCCAAGGUAGUUCUGCAAGGUCCGUAUAGGCUUACAACGUUUUACACGCCGGCUUUGUGCUCGCAUUUCGCCCAGAGACCUUAUUAAUUUAAGCGUUCAGUGGUCAUGGUUUAGUGUAGGAUUUGUCCUUCCUGCUGUUCAUAUAUAUCAGCUGUUAAGUUCUUGGUGGCUUAAAGCUGUCAUAACUUAUAAGCAUUAGACAUGGAAAGUGUAAUUUUAUCCAAUAAUAUUAUUUAUUAGUAUAUGGAUGUUACAUUGCACUUAAGUUUUUAUUUUUUUUUUUCUUUCUAAUUCUCAAGUUGCGAGGUGCCGUUUGCUUCUGAGGGUUGUGGUGAAGUUUCCUAUUUUUUCUGUGUCUCGUUUACUUCAUAUAUAGUUCGAAUGGUCUUAUAUCGGUGUAAUUGGGAGGUCGUGCCUUCUAUUUUAUGAUGGUAAUGACAAAGUGAUGAUGCUGCAACUCCUCUGUAGGAG